AACCAAUCCACGACAGCUAUUUGCUGAACUAACGUCACAGUUAAAGAGAAAGGUCUGUUACUUGGUCAGCUAAAACUAUUGAAAUGCAAAGGCAGUGAUAGCUAUUUUAUGUCAAAUGUUAUCGGUUCAGCAUACCGGUAUUCAAAACUGCGGUCUAACGACGCCGAUAGGCCAGCUAGAAGCCACUUUGGGGACGCUCUGCCAGUCGGACUGACAACAGACGGGAUGAUCUCAGGCUGGGGAUCUGAUCAGUGAGAAGUCCCUGUGACUGUGAAUGUGUCUGUGAGGUACAUUAGGAUGAGCGGGCUCCACUCUAUCGCUGCCUGCGGGGACUGAGAGACACCGCUCUAUACACAGCAGUCGAUGCGGUCUUCCACCGCAUCACCCGUGGCUGAGAAUCCAGCAUGUCUCGCGUCUCCACCACCGCCAAGCGCUACACCGGCUCCUCCUAUACCAGUACCUAUAGCUCCUAUGGCUCCUCCCUGACGCCAUCCUCCCUCAGCUCCUACACCUCCGACCGGGACAGGCUGCCCUCCUACAGGAGCAACGCUGCCUCCUCCUCGGGCUACUCCUCCUCCAGCUACCUGAGCAGCGCCGCCAGCCGCGCCCACAACUACAGCACCUCCUUGGAGCUCGACCGGGGCCGGCCCAUCCCCCGCACUGACCUCCUGAGUAGCAGCAGCCGGCGCAGCGAGAGCCUGAGCCGCACCCCGGUGAAGACCUAUGGCUCGUCGGGCCUGAGCGGCGGCUCCGGUUACACUGGCUACAGCAGCUACUCCUCGUCCACCACGCCCAGCCGCUCCAGCUACCUCUCCUCGUCGCCUGGCGCAUCCAGCAUCUCCCUCAGCCGCCGGAGGUCGUCGAGCCAGAGUGACCUGACGCGGGACCUGUCGUCCCUGGGCCUCAACGAGCCCACGUCCCCUUCCUCCUCCUCCUCCUCGAGCGCCCUGAGGGGUUACCGGAGCAGGGCCAGCGAUGUGGCCGACUCCUACAACAGCAGCCUGCAGAGCUCCAGUUAUGGCCUGUCCCACAGCGCCACGCAGGAGGCCUUGAGCAGCAGCAGCCUGAAGAGUGGUGGUGGUAGCCGCUUCACCUCCUCCUACGAGAGGAGCGACAGCAGCAACGGACGACCCAGCUCCCCCACCAGGGACUCCCCGAACUCCAAGAGUGCCCAGGGCCUGGUGGGCCUACGGAACCUGGGAAAUACCUGCUUCAUGAACUCCAUCCUACAGUGUCUCAGCAACACACACAACCUCCGGGACUACUGUCUGCACAACUCCCACCGACGCGACCUUAACAAAAACAGCCGCACCAACACUGGGGCCCUCAUGGAGGAAUUUGCCAAGCUCCUCCAGACCAUGUGGACGUCGUCGAGCAGCGAGGCGGUCGGCCCGUCAGAGUUCAAAACUCAGAUCCAGAGAUACGCCCCCCGAUUUGUGGGAUACAACCAACAGGACGCCCAGGAGUUCCUGCGCUUCCUGCUGGACGGGCUGCACAACGAGGUAAACCGGGUCACGGUGCGGCCGCGGGGCAGCUCAGAGGACUUUGACCACUUGCCUGACCGGGAGAAAGGGGAUAGAAUGUGGAGCAAGUACCUGGAGAGAGAGGACAGUAAAAUAGUGGACCUGUUUGUGGGUCAGCUGAAGAGCUCGUUGACAUGCAGCACGUGUGGCUACUGCUCCACUGUCUUUGACCCCUUCUGGGAUCUCUCUCUACCCAUCGCCAAGAAGGGCUACGGAGAAGUGAGUCUGAUGGACUGCAUGAGUCUCUUCACCAAAGAGGAUGUGCUCGAGGGCGAUGAAAAACCAACGUGCUACAGGUGUAAAGCCAGAAGAAGAUGCACAAAGAAGUUCACUGUACAGAAAUUCCCCAAGAUCUUAGUGCUUCAUCUGAAACGCUUCUCUGAAGCGCGGAGAACCAGCAAACUGUCCACAUUUGUCAACUUCCCCAUGGAGAAACUGGACCUCAGGGAGUUUGCCUCGGAAAACAGCAUAAAUGCAGUUUAUAACCUGUACGCAGUGUCCAAUCACUCAGGCACGACCAUGGGCGGCCACUACACAGCGUACUGUCGCAACCCCACCUCGGGAGAAUGGUACACGUUCAAUGACUCCAGAGUAACGCCAAUGUCCUCCAGCCAAGUGCGCAGCAGUGACGCCUACGUGCUGUUCUACGAGCUGGCCUCCUCCUCGCGGAUGUGAGGGCCUCCCGGAGGAGGAGGGCACUGCAGACGGAGGGAGAGAGGAAGAGGAGGGCAAAGCCAGGUCCAUUAGGACUAAUCACAUCCACAACAGAGAGAGGCUACUACUUCCCCCUUCCCCAACUUCAUCCACAACAGAGAGAAGCUACUACUUCCCUCUUCCCCAACUUCAUCCACAACAGAGAGAAGCUACUACUUCCCUCUUCCCCAACUUCAUCCACAACAGAGAGAGGUUUCUUCAACUGCUGGAUGUCCACCCUCAGACUAUGGAAACACUACAGGAAUCUGUCAUAUUUGCUGUUGUCGUUCAACCCAGCCCUCCUCACUUCACUCCCUCUCUCUUCUCUCUCUCUGCUCUUGGGGAGCAGGGUGGUCAGAGGAGUUGGCCUGUGCGUUUGUGUGAGCCUCAGAGAGUGUGUGUGUGUGUGUGUGUGUGUUAUCACAGGAGACCCUCUCCAGGCAAUAAAAACCAAGCGUCUCCUUCUCCGAAGUCCCUCUCUCUAUGCACUGCAACAAACCAAACUCUCGUCCCGACUGCGCCUUCUUCUCUUCUUCUUGUUCGAGAUCGCCUCAAUAUUAAAAAAGACAUUGUUUCAAUUUAGAUUUUGGAUUUUCUUGUUGAUUUUUGUAUUGGUAUUACCACCAUCAUCACGGUGGAAGAUUAUCUGAACUGUGUUGCGGCAGCGCCCCCUGCUGACGGGUUGGAGUAGGACAAUAUGGCACCGUCAGAAAUUCUUCUUGACACACCUCUCUCACGAACCUGAGUGUCCCCUCCUACCUACACACUGAAAUGUCUCAUCCCAGUUUCUCUGUUCAGCUGUGUACAGUACUACUCUGUCCUCUCACUGCUGCUCUCACUGCUUCUCUCGCUCUCGCUCUCUCUCUCUCCUCUUCCUGCAUCUUUCUCUCUCUCCUCUUCCUGCAUCUUUCUCUCUCUCCUCUUCCUGCAUCUUUCUCUCUCUCCUCUUCCUGCAUCUUUCUCUCUCUCCUCUUCCUGCAUCUUUCUCUCUCUCCUCUUCCUGCAUCUUUCUCUCUCUCUCUCUCUCUCUCCUCUUCCUGCAUCUUCCUCUGAAAGUGGAGGGGUAGCCAGGUUGUCCUCUUGAGAGUUCUACAUGUUCAGAGGAUGCCCUGUGUCUUGUGUUUAUUUUUUUUCAGUGUGGCUGCUACUGAUGUUUUUAAAGUGCUGUGAAUGAAAAGGACGAUCCAGUACAAACUAAUACUAUUGGUCACUAUCUUGUCAGUAUGGAUUUGUUCAUCCUUCGACUGUCAUGCCAUUGAACAACAUGGGAAGAAUGUUUUGAGAAAAGAAAAAAAAACACUAUCUGUCUAUUUUUAUAUUCUGAUGCAAUAUAGAGAAUGUACUUUACAGUGGUGCUGAAAAGACCCGAUACUGUUGUCAGUUCAUUUAACAGGUGAAGGAGAAAAGCUCUUAAUUAUGCUUACAGGUGACUUCCAUAACAUACGAGUCAUACUUUUUAACUCUGGCAGUCAAAACACAUGCAUUUGUCAUAGAUACACUACCGGUCAAAAGUUUUGGGUCACUUAGAAAAGUCCUUGUUUUUCAACAUUAAAAUAACAUCAACUUGAUCAGAAAUACAGUGUAGACAUUGUUAAUGUUGUACAUGACUGUUGUAGCUGGAAAUGUCUUUUUAAUGAAACUUAUUUUUAAUGGAAUAUCUACAUAGGCGUACAGAGGCCCAUUGUCAGCAACCAUCACUCCUGUGUUUCAAUGGCACGUUGUGUUAACUAAUCCAAGUUUAUCAUUUUAACAGGCUAAUUGAUCAUUACAAAACCCUUUUUCAAUUAUGUUAGCACAGCUGAAAACUGUUGUUCUGAUUUAAAGAAGCAAUAAAACUCUCCUUUUAGACUGGUUGAGUAUCCGGAACUUCAGCAUUUGUGGGUUCGAUUACUUUCUUCUGAAACUCGUCAGUCUAUUCUUGUUCUGAAAAAUGAAGGCUAUUCCAUGCUAGAAAUUGCCAAGAAACUGAAGAUCUCGUACAACGCUGUGUACUACUCCCUUCACAGAACAGCGCAAACUGGCUCUAACCAGAAUAGAAAGAGGAGUGGGAGGCCCCGGUGCACAACUGAGCAAGAGGACAAGUACAUUAGUGUCUAGUUUGAGAAACAGACGCCUCACAAGUCCUCAACUGGCAGCUUCAUUAAAUAGUACCUGCAAAACACCAGUCUCAACGUCAACAGUGGAGAGGCGACUCUGGGAUGCUGGCCUUCUAGGCAGAGUUGCAAAGAAAAAUCCAUAUCUCAGACUGGCCAAUACAAAGAAAAGAUUAAGAUGGGAAAAAGAACACAUACACUGGACCGAGGAUCUCUGCCUAGAAGGCCAGCAUCCCGGAGUCGCCUCUUCACUGUUAAUGUUGAGACUGGUGUUUUGCGGGUGCUAUUGUAGGGAGUAGUAUACAGCAUUGUACGAGAUCUUCAGUUCCUUGGCAAUUUCUCGCAUGGAAUAGCAAAUAAUUUCUCAGAACAAGAAUAGACUGAUGUGUUUCAGAAGAAAGUUCUUUGUUUCUGGCCAAUUUGAGCCUGUAAUCGAACCCACAAAUGCUGACGCUCCGGAUACUCAACUAGACUAAAGGUCAGUUUUUUUGCUUCUUUAAUCAGAACAACAGUUUUCAGCUGUGCUAACAUAAUUGCAAAAGGGUUUUCUAAUGAUCAAUUAGCCUUUUAAAAUGAUAAACCUGGAUUAGCGAACACAACAUUGGAACACAGGGGUGAUGGUUGCUGAUAAUGGGCCUCUGUACACCUAUGUAGAUAUUCCAUUAAAAAUCAGAUGUUUCCAGCUACAAUAGUCAUUUACAACAUUAACAAUGUCUACACUGUAUUUCUGAUCCAUUUAAUGUUCUUUUAAUGGACAAAAAAAUGUGCUUUUCUUUCAAAAACAAGGACAUUUCUAAGUGACCCCAAACUUGAACGGUGGUGUAUAUUGUGUGUGUGUGUGUGUGUGCGUGCGGGUGUUCAUUUAAAAAAGAAACCGUGGCUUUUAGUUUCGUA